AUAAUAUUAUGAGUGCUUGUUUUAUUUUCUGCAGUGAUCGACGACGGCAGUGAACAUUUGAUGAAAGUCAAUCUCGAUAUUCAAAAAGUGGAUGUGUGCAUCAAAGCAUAUUCUGGUGAUAAGAAAAGUUCCGAACUUAAUGAUGGUGUCAAGGAUGAAUCCAUGAUAUGCGCAGGAAGAUUAGAAGGCGGUCAAGACACUUGCAAGGUGAAGCUGCCGCACACGCGGCCGUGCGUGUUCGCGGUGGUGGGCGUGACGAGCUUCGGGAAGGUGCUGUGCGGCGCGCCCCACGCUCCCGCCGUCUACACGCGCGUCUCCCACUUCGCGCCCUGGAUCGAGGCCGUCGUGUGGCCGGAGCCGGUGGCGUAG